UUUUAGAGUUCAUCUGGGAUGACACUUCAAGUGAGGUUUUCUGUUAAUGCCUUGUUCUUUCUGCUCUCACAAGAAAUACAGAGAGAACUUCGAAAUGGGGAAAAAUCUGAAUUGUCUGGUAAAAUAUGCAGUUUCGUUAUUCAUCAUCUUUGCUAAGACCAACGAAAUAAACAUGACAGCCUGCAGUGUUUCUCUUCCAACUCUACAAAAAGUCUCUAAAUGUCCUACAACAGAAAAAGAAUUAUUAGCAGCAAAAGAAAGCAAAGAUUGCCAAAGUCUAGCGGAAGUUCAAAAAUGUGUUCGGCCUCAAAAUUUUACUUAUCACUGCGUCAUUAAUUUUUCGGCUAAUGAAAUAUACGAAGUUUGUGCUCCUGCAAUCUAUUCUCAAGGACGCUGCCUCGAAUUUAACAUCUAUGGAAGGGUUAUUCAAGAAAUUCAGAAUGCCAGCUGUGUUAAAGAUGGUUGCCCAAAGCGAUUUAGCAGCGCAGACACAUUGCAAUACGCUGAUUGUAGCACGUCCAUAAAGAAAAAGAGUUCAAAUACAUGUACAUGUAGCAACUGGAAGGAAGAAUUUAUUGCGUUUGCAGUUUUUUCUGGAGUACUCCUUCUACUUCUCCUUGUGGUUUUACCUUCUCUCCUUUGUCUCCAAAAAAAAUUUCCAAGGUGUUUCAGAGGUAAUUUAUGA